AUGGGCCAGUUUCUGUCUACAACUGCGUCAGUGGAUGAAGAAAGUAUUCUGAGGGAAGUGAAACAUUUCCCGGUGGUUAUGUUUACAAUGCCGAGGUGUCCAUACUGUGUGAGAGCUAAACAACUGCUAGAUGCAGAACGGAUCGAAUAUAAGGAAAACAACUUGGAUGUUCAUCAGCGUUGUUUCCCAGCAAAUCAUCAGUCAUAUAUUAAUGGAUUAAUUAGUAUCACAAAGCAAACUUCGGUACCUCAGAUAUUUAUUUGUGGUGAUUUCAUCGGUGGAUUUACGGAACUGCAGCAAUUAAAGAAUUCUGGAUUGUUACUAAAUGCGAUUGACAAAUGUCGUUCUCCGGAAAAAGAUUUCUGA